UAAAAGUCACGUGGCCGCACACUUCCGCCGUCACUGGACUCUGCAAAAAUGCUAUCGUAUGAGGUUUAAGUCUAGUUAGUUACUUAAUUUAGAGUUUAAAAAAUAAAUCUAAAGCUAUUAUUACACUUUUUAGGAAGAUAGGCACUAAAGCGUCCAGAAUGUCUUCGUCGCCGGUGGUUAUUUCUGCCGCUUCGAAACACACGGCAUCGGUUAUAUUUCUCCAUGGUCUUGGAGACACAGGGCAUGGAUGGGCUGCUUCAUUACAGUUGCAAAGAAUUCCUCAUGUCAAGUAUAUUUGUCCUACUGCACCAACAAUGCCAGUUACUUUAAAUAAUGGGUAUAGAAUGCCAUCCUGGUUUGAUUUAAGGAGUCUAGAUGCAGAUGGUCCUGAAGAUGAAGAAGGAAUCAAAAGAGCUUCUGAAGCUGUAUUUCAGAUGAUAGCAAAUGAAGAAGAGAAGGGAAUUCCUUCACAUAGAAUUGCACUUGGUGGAUUUUCUCAGGGUGGAGCUCUUGCUUUAUAUUCAGCUCUUCGUUGCACGAAACCUUUGGCUGGUGUAGUAGCAUUGAGUUGUUGGUUACCUCUCUAUAAGCAGUUUCCAGUUGCAGCUGUAGGAAACCUAGAUAUUCCUGUUUUGCAGUGUCAUGGAGAACUAGAUACUGUUGUACCAUAUAAAUGGGGUAAAAUGACUCAUGAACUUCUAAAGACAUUCAUGACGAAUGUGGAGCUUAAGACUUUUAAUGGAUUAUGCCAUACUUCAUGUGAAACGGAAAUGAAUGAAGUGAAAGUAUUUUUGGAAAGAAUUCUGCCCUGAUUUUGUUCUUCAAAAGAAUAAUAUUAUAGCUCUUGAUAUUAUUUCGGUACUUAUUUCCCCCCCCCUUUAGAUUGUAAAUGUUUUUUCACUUAACUUCUUUUCUAAUUUAAAUGACUCUAAUGCCAUUAUUCACCUUAUUUUGUGUGAUCAGUAUUAACUUAUCGUAAUGACUAUCUAUGUAACAGUAUAAUUUUUGUUAUUUCAUGAUGUGCAUUUUUGUAAAUUUUAAGGAAAUUGCAUGACAGAACCAGAAAUAGUUCUGUAGUAUACAUUUAUUCCCCUGUAAUAUUUUAAGACUAAUUUGUUCACAGAAUUACAUAUGCAAGCAUUUUUUCCCUCUGUUUUAUUCAACAACUUUUUAAGCCUAUAUUUUUAACCAUACAGAUGUAUUUUGUAUAUAAAAAAGAAUGCAAUUUUUGAAAGUCCAUCAUCUAAUAUUUUUAUUUUAUUAAUGCAUUAUAAUAUGCUAAUCUGAUUUGUUGUCAUAGAAAAUAAGUAAUAGACACCAGGUUCUGAAAAUUGGCAUACUUUUUAAGUUUUUUUUUUUUUUUUUUUUUUUUUUUUCCAAAUGCUAUUAGUAUUAACAUAAAUUCAUUAAUCAACUUAAUUCUUAAAUAGCUAAGUUUGAAAUUUUAUUUUCAAAUUUUUCUGUGGUACUACUAAAAGUUCCAGUGCCUUUAAAUUAAAUGUUACUAUAACUAAUUUUUAUUGACUUGUUUUCUUAAAUACAAAUUUGUGCUUCAUUCACCAUUUUAAAUAGCUGUUAUUGUCACUCAGCUGAAGAGUUCAUAUUAAUGAUAAGUUUUUCUUUGGUUUAUUAAUUACUAGAUUUUAAUUAUGCUAAUGCUCUGCAAGUAGUUUAAUUAGUUUAACUGUAAUGUUGUAUUAAAUUUUCUGAAUUUAGUAAUUUGAUACUUUUCAUUUCAUUUGAUUAUGAAAAGAUGUAAAGGACAAAUUAAAAGUAAUAAUAGAACUAAUUAGUCUCUUGUGCAAUCAGAAAGAAUUUAAUUCUAUGUUAAUAAUAGCAUUUGAUUUUGCUUUAUAUUUGAAUUCUAAUCUUUGAAUAUGAAAUUUUUUUUAAUUAUAUAAUUAUCAAGAUUUCUUGCAAAUGAGAAUUUUGUGAAUUUUUAUUCCUUAACUUUUUUGCUCUCAAUGCAGGGAACAUGAAGUUUCCUAUGGGUUUGUAAACUUGGAGCACUGAAAAUCACAGUGUGUCCAAUCAAGUUUCACAAUUAAGCCUAACAUGAAAAAUAAUUCCUCUAAAAUCUGAUUUUUAUUGAAAUGUUUGGAUUCUUUGAUGCAUUAAUUUUUUUAAUGAAAUAAAAUUAUAUUUUAAAUUUAAAUUAAAAAAUAAAUUUUAAUUGCAACAUUACUAAUAAUUAUUAUAUAUUUAAAAUCUGAACUGUUUUGCUCCAUUAUAAUAUGAAAAUAAUUACUAAAAAACAAAUAGCAAAAAAAAAAGAAAGAGAGAGCAGUUAAGACUAACUAUUAUAGCCUGUUGUCAUAUUUGUACAAAAUUUUAAGCUGUUUAUACUGCGGGAAACCUUUCUAAACUCUGAAUGUGCAUUGUAAACAAUACAUGCUUUACUUUCACAGGAACAGUAGUAAAUAAUACUCAUAACUAAAAGGUUAAUAGGACAUUCCAUUCAACUAAAUUUUAUGGCAUUCUGACAUGAUUCAUUUGCAUUUUAAAAUGCCAAAUAAAAUGUUCCAUUUCAAUGUAUUAAAUAUGAUACAGUGGUCCAGUAAUGACACUUCCCUCCUGUAUCACAUUUGUUAUGGUGGACCCACUGGGGGAAACUCAAGUGUAUCGUAUAUGAUAUGCUGGGAGCAAAGAAGUUAAAGUUUUAGAUUUGAAAUUGCCAAUAAAUAGAACUCGGCUUCCUGAAAAACCUCAUUAUGCAUUCAGCAAAAUAAAUUUGAGGUACCCAAAUUAAAAUUACGUAUAAGACCCUUUUAUAUAUGUAUAUUGUUUUCUGUGUACAAACUAGUAUCAGAUUAAUAAUAAAUUUUGCUUACAUCUUCUAAGGUCGUAUAUGGAACUUUCCUUAAAAUGUUUUCUUAAAUAAUCAUUAGCAUUAAAGCAUAACAUCUGACUACAUAAGAUGUUUUAAUAGUGCACGGAACAAUUUAAUUCAUGCAUUUAAAGAAUGUGUGUUAUGUUAGAAUCAAAAACAUUCACAAAUUGUGAUUUGACAUGUGAUUUCUUGAUAGUGAAAUAAAUCUAUUAAAAAAAGUUCCCACUAACCACCAUUGUGUGUAUAAGUAUGGAACUGAAAACUUAAGUUGAUGAAUAUAAAUAUUUUCAUAUGUAAAAUUAAAAAUUAACAAUUCAAAUGCAAACAUAUAAUUUAUAUUAAGAUAAAUUUCUUGCAACAAAUUAAUUUUCUAGAAUUCACCUUUUGUGGCUUAAACUAGUGUCCUCGAACUGUUGGCCCACAAAGCAACUUUACGUCGUCCACGAAUACAUUUCUCUUAAUUAAGUUGUGUUAUUAUGCUAUUGAUUAUUAUAACAAGAAUCCAAAGAAAACAUCUUAGAUUUUCAUGAUGUGGAGUCCAAUUUUACAUUAUUUUCUUUACUCAAAGCGAACAUGAGUAAUGACUCAGAAAUCUAUAAAUGGUGUUAAUUAACGCUGUGAUAUAAAACGUAUUCAAAGAUUUGAUUAACUUUUAUUCAUGCUUAUCCAAAAGAAAAAUUUCCUCAGUUACGAUUAUUUGCAAUAAGAAUAAUCCCUUUGUUUGUGAGUACAUUGGUGUGUGAAAACUUUUAUUCUUAGGUGAAAAUUAGUGAAAAAAACCCAAUUGGCCGAUGAGCAUCUCAUAUUUUCUAUUAAUUUUUCUCCAAGAUUUAAAACUUUAUCAAAAUUUAAAUGGCAUGAAGUGUAGUAAGAAAUGAAGAAGUUUUGUACCUACUUAUUACCCGUAAACUGUAAAAGUUGGUAAAGAUCUUAUCAAAGUUGCAUCAUUGGUUCUUGCAGAAUUCUGAAGGACCCUUUCUUAAUUUACUAAAAAUCCGUAAUCAACAAGCUUCGUUUUUGUUCUUCAUAAGAAGGUUUUCAUGAAUUUCUAUAUUGUUACAUCAUCCGAUUUUGCCACAAGCUCUGUUUAGAGUACUUUGAGUACAAACUUCUUGCAGGAAACUUACGGUCUAUUAUUGUUUUGUCGACUAUAUUCAGCUGGCCAUAUUAUGUUCAUUAAUAUGCUUUUUUGGUAGAAUCCUGUAAUUUUGAAAAUAAUCCAUUGCUUGCUGUUCUGUAGAAGGCAGAUUCCAAAAUUUUUUUCCCCAAAAGUACAAAGGGGAAAGUUAAGCAGUAAUAGUUAAUUUAAAUCCUUGUUCAUAAAGACAAAAAGGUGCAUAUCAAGAAUCAAGUGGGCUGACAUCAGAUGAAAAGGAACAUUUUACGAGUAUGUUGUUAAUUCAUGUUUGUCUAAAAUUGACUGCUUUGUGACAGUUUGAGGGCUCAAGGGGAUAAUACAUAAGUACCAAAGUUUGUAAUUAUUUAACAUGCAAAUGUAUUUUUUCUGUAUUUUUCAAAGAAAAAUUAAUGAAUAAAGUUAACAAAAUAA